AUUCCCAUUUUAUGCGAAAUCUUUCCGUCACGUUCGCGAGACUUGCGCGUGCAUGUGAUUAAAUAUAGAGCGUAGGAAAAAUAUCGCAUGAAAAAUAACGAUUCGGGAAACGUGUCGGCCGCGAAUUUAUGUGACAAACCGCCCGGUGUAUCCGCGUAGAAACACACACAGGCGCGCGCACACGCAUACUGAGCUUGACAGUCAUUAUGUCCGACCAGCCUCUCGCGGCGUUUACUCUCAGAAAUGAUUUCCAUCCGGCGGAUCCGCCGCACGGUAUGCAAGAUUACGAUUUGGGCGCCUUGAGGAGAGACCAGAAACGCGAACUGAACGAAAUGAAAAUGAUCAGCCGCAGGGAGAACGAGAUUUACCUCCGAGCUCAUCCGGAAGUCCGGGGUUUAAUCGCCAUUUUGCUAAGACACGUCCUAUCGAAGCAGCCGCUCAUCGAUAUUCCCGAAGUCGUAGGAACAUUUUUCAACCGACCGCGCUGUGAGAUCGCCGCUGACCUUUUGGAUUACUUCUCGUCCGCCGAUAAACGACCGGAUAUAAUGGACGAUCUUCGACGGGAGGUAUUUCGAGCGAGCGACCGCAUUCAAACUCCGAAGAACGCGAGUUCGCAAAUCUUCGACUGUAUCUCGUGCGACUCCUGUUGCGCAGGAUACGCCGUGAUUCCUGACAACUCGCUCGCCUAA